GGGGAUUAGUAACAGCUGAGUACAUGUUGACCUAAAUGACCUUGCCUUCCCUCAAAUGCACCCUUUUCUCCCCCCUCCCAGUCACCUCUCCUAAUAAUGACCCAUUAUUUUGGCCACGUCCCUCACCAGCCAACUGAACAACAGGGGUCCAUUCCUCCACUGGCUAACCCUGCUAGACCAGCACUCUAAAGGAGAAGACAGUAUAGGAGAGACGAGGAGAGGGUAUUAUUUAACCCUGCUGGACCAGCACUCUAAAGGAGAAGACAGUAUAGGAGAGACGAGGAGAGGGUAUUAUUUAACCCUGCUGGACCAGCACUCUAAAGGAGAAGACAGUAUAGGAGAGACGAGGAGAGGGUAUUAUUUAACCCUGCUGGACCAGCACUCUAAAGGAGAAGACAGUAUAGGAGAGACGAGGAGAGGGUAUUAUUUAACCCUGCUGGACCAGCACUCUAAAGGAGAAGACAGUAUAGGAGAGACGAGGAGAGGGUAUUAUUUAACCCUGCUGGACCAGCACUCUAAAGGAGAAGACAGUAUAGGAGAGACGAGGAGAGGGUAUUAUUUAACCCUGCUAGACCAGCACUCUAAAGGAGAAGACAAUAUAAGAGAGACGAGGAGAGGGUAUUAUUUAACCCUGCUAGACCAGCACUCUAAAGGAGAAGACAAUAUAAGAGAGACGAGGAGAGGGUAUUAUUUAACCCUGCUAGACCAGCACUCUAAAGGAGAAGACAGUAUAGGAGAGACGAGGAGAGGGUAUUAUUUAACCCUGCUGGACCAGCACUCUAAAGGAGAAAACAGGAGAAGAGAGAGGAUAAAAAGGGGAUUAGUUAACUCCUGACACUGGUGUGUAGCCUGAGAAUGGCCCUGCUGUGUGUGGUUGUGGCUUUUGCCCUGACUCUGCUAGGCCCCUGCCCCAGUGUGUGUGCCCCUCAGGGGGGGGCAGAGCCAGACGAACAGCCCUAUGACCUGGAUGACUUUGAUAUGAAUGGAGAGACAGACUGGGAAAACUUGGACCUCAAUGGAGAAAACUAUGACUAUGAUGACCUAGACCAAGAGAUCGAGGUGGGGACAGUGGCCCCCCCUGCUCCUGAGACCCCUCCCCCAGCCAACAUGCCCCCUCCUGAGUAUGAGGAGGAGAUGACCCUGUUCCCCAGGCCGACCCCUCCCCUGGCUCCAGUAACUCUGGACUUCAAAGGACCAGGCCUGUUUGGACCUGACACUGGCCUGGGUAUGCCUACAUGUUUGCUGUGUGUGUGCAUCAGUGGAAGUGUGUAUUGUGAUGAUGCUAACCUGGAGCAGAUUCCUCCACUGCCUAAAGAUACCACACACUUCUACGGACGCUUCAACAGCAUCAGACACGUCAAGAACACUGACUUCAUCAACCUCAACAAGCUGAAGAGCAUCGACUUAACAGGGAACCAGAUCUCUGGUGUGGAUGAAGAUGCGUUCCGCCCCCUAUCACAGCUCCAGGACAUCCUAUUGGCUGAUAACAACCUGCAGGCGUUGCCAGAACUCCCACCCACCCUCAGAUACAUUGAUGUGCGCAACAACAGACUGAUCAGCAAUGGACUACAUACAGAUGGGUUUAAGGAGAUGAGCCUGCUUGAGUUCCUGUAUCUGUCUGAUAACAAGCUGGACUACAUCCCUGUCCCACUACCUGAGAGCCUCCGAGUACUACACCUGCAGAACAACAACAUCCAGAAUCUUCAUGUGGACACAUUCUGUAACAGCCACGACCGUAACUACAUACGACGCUCCCUGGAGGACAUCAGGCUGGAUGGAAACCCUGUCAACAUCAACCUGUUUGCCUCGUCCUACAUCUGCCUGCCUCGCCUGCCUAUCGGGAGUCACUGAGGGGAGCAUUGAGGGGGCCAGGGAGGGGCUCUGCAGAGAGGGAGGCAGGGAUGGGUCUACAAAGGCGGUGGUAGGGAGGGUGAGGGAGGAAAAGGAAAGAGAAAUAUUCAUUUAAAAAAAGCAAAUCAAAGACAGAGAUGAGUGUGAGGGGUGGGGAAAGGAAGGAUGGAAAGGGGGAGUUGUUAAUUCUAUUCUGGUUCGCUAUCUCUUUAAUAUUAGCUGCUAAAUUUUUGUGAAGACUCAACAACAAGUGGGACACAAUCAUGAAGUGGAACGACAUUUAUUGGAUAUUUCAAAAGCAGAGAGCAUCAUGAAGAACAAGGAACACACCAGGCAGGUCCGAGAUACUGUUGUGAAGAAGUUUAAAGACGGAUUUGGAUACAAAAAGAUUUCCCAAGCUUUAAACAUCCCAAGGAGCACUGUGCAAGCGAUAAUAUUGAAAUGGAAGGAGUAUCAGACCACUGCAAAUCUAACAAGACCUGGCCGUCCCUCUAAACGUUCAGCUCAAACAAGGAGAAGACUGAUCAGAGAUGCAGCCAAGAGGCCCAUGAUCACUCUGGAUGAACUGCAGAGAUCUACAGCUGAGGUGGGAGACUCUGUCCAUAGGACAACAAUCAGUCGUAUAUUGCACAAAUCUGGCCUUUAUUGAAGAGUGGCAAGAAGAAAGCCAUUUCUUAAAGAUAUCCAUAAAAAGUGUCGUUUAAAGUUUGCCACAAGCCACCUGGGAGACACACCAAACAUGUGGAAGAAGGUGCUCUGGUCAGAUGAAACCAAAAUUGAACUUUUUGGCAACAAUGCAAAACGUUAUUUUUGGCGUAAAAGCAACACAGCUCAUCACCCUGAACACACCAUACCCACUGUCAAACAUGGUGGUGGCAGCAUCAUGGUUUGGGCCUGCUUUUCUUCAGCAGGGACAGGGAAGAUGGUUAAAAUUGAUGGGAAGAUGGAUGGAGCCAAAUACAGGACCAUUCUGGAAGAAAACCUGAUGGAGUCUGCAAAAGACCUGAGACUGGGACGGAGAUUUGUCUUCCAACAAGACAAUGAUCCAAAACAUAAAGCAAAAUCUACAAUGGAAUGGUUAAAAAAUAAACAUAUCCAGGUGUUAGAAUGGCCAAGUCAAAGUCCAGACCUGAAUCCAAUCGAGAAUCUGUGGAAAGAACUGAAAACUGCUGUUCACAAAUGCUCUCCAUCCAACCUCACUGAGCUCGAGCUGUUUUGCAAGGAGGAAUGGAAAAAAAUGUCAGUCUCUCGAUGUGCAAAACUGAUAGAGACAUACGCCAAGCGACUUACAGCUGUAAUCGCAGCAAAAGGUGGCGCUACAAAGUAUUAACUUAAGGGGGCUGAAUAAUUUUGCACGCCCAAUUUUUCAGUUUUUGAUUUGUUAAAAAAGUUUGAAAUAUCCAAUAAAUGUCGUUCCACUUCAUGAUUGUGUCCCACUUGUUGUUGAUUCUUCACAAAAAAAUACAGUUUUAUAUCUUUAUGUUUGAAGCCCGAAAUGUGGCAAAAGGUCGCAAAGUUCAAGGGGGCCGAAUACUUUCACAAGUCACUGUAAUGCUUUGCAUUCACGCUAUAAAGUUAAUUUCUUUGCCACGUGUUUUGUAUUACUACUUUAGUCCCUUAUUGCAAACAGAACACAACUUUUGGAAUAGUUUUAUUCUGUACAGACUUCCUUCUUUUCACUCUGUCAUUAAGUUAGUACUGUGGAACAACUACAAUGUUGUUGAUCCAUCCUCAGUUUUCUCCUGUCACAGCCAUUCAACUUUGUAACUGUUUUAAAGUCACCAUUGGCGUCAUGGGGAAAUCCCUGAGCAGUUUCCUUCCUCUCCGGGAACUGAGUUAGGAAGGACGCCUGUAAACAUAUCUAAAAAUAUAAUUCCACGUUGACAUGAUGGGGUAUUGUGUUGGCUAUUGACGCAAAAUCUCAAUUUAUUUUAUAUUCAAUCUGUAGCACAACAAAAUGUGGGAAAAAUAAAGGGGUGUGAAUACUUUCUGAAUGCACUGUACAUUUGGAGCUUCGCUCAACAUGCAUGCAUCUAGUGUACAGUGUGACUAAAGUGGCUUCUGAAAUUACUCUUUACAUAUUGAUCAAUGGAGAUAAUUUGUUGCGCCACCAAGUUAAAACUUUGGCAGCGAUAUAAUUUAAAUUGUGAUGGUGAGAAAAAAACUCACAUUUUAACAUUCUAACAUAAAGAGAAAAUGUUAAACUAAAUGUCAUUUUUUACAUGUUUUCCCAUCUCAAGAGGUAAAAAAAAGUCUAUAGUAAGUGCCUUUCUUCACCUUAGUUAAAUAAGGAGAGAUCGGGCACUAGGAUGUUCUUCUUAUUAUUCAUUUUUUAAAUACAUUUAAACAAAAACUAUACAUUCUACAAUGCUCCACAAUAUGUCAAAGUGAAGCUCUAUGUCUUAUGCUUCCAAUGGGUUGUAUUAUAAGGCUCUACAGUGGAUGGUUAGCGGUGUUAUGGUGCGUUUGUAACAAAGAUUUAAAUAUUUUGUAUCCUAAAAAAUGUAUCGAAAAAUA